AUGAGUUUUCGCGGUAAUUGCGAGGAAGAAGAAGAUGAAGAAGAAGAGAAAGGGGAAGAUCGUGUGGUUGAGAUUAGAGCCGCCUCAAAUCGACGAUUGGUGUUUGUUGUUGACUUUGUCAACGGUCUUCCGCUUCUCAACGUCCUUUACAGUUUUUUUAUCUAUCUGCCAUAGUUAUUUUCUAAUACUAUUUCGUGUUGCUUUAAAGUUUUUUUUGUUAAACAUAAAUAACGUGGGGAUUUUAAUAAUUAAAAUCUUGAUUGGAUCAAAAUCGUUUCUAUACGAUUAAUAAAUAAAUAAUAUACUCGUUUUAUUCGUUCAGGAAUUAAUUUAGUAUUUUUACGUUACAUAUUUGAAAUUGUAUUUAUGCGGUUAAAUUUAAUAUUAGUAUUAUAUACCACAUGUGGUUUAUGAGUGUUAAUGAUAUUAUUAUUAUAUGAUUAAAUUAGUGGAAAACUAUAGAUAUGGUCAUUUUUAGGAUCUUAAUGGUAACAGUGUCAUUGGAUAUAUGGA